AUGAAGUAUUCAAAAGCCAUGGUUGCAUCUCAGCUUUUUGAGGAACCUGUUGAUCCAUUGGUUGCUUCCCAAAAAAGUAUAUUUGUUGUUGGCAUGAUUUGUUGUGAAAAAGAACUUCAAAGCAGUGUUGAGCAUUCUGGAGGUCAACGUGUGCGCCUUGACUUACAGAAACUGGAUCGGUUUUCCCUUUUCCCAAGUCAGGUGGCAGGUAUUGAAGGACAUAAUCCAAGUGGGCACUAUUUAAUUGCAACAAAAUUUGGUAUUGUUGAGGUGGUGACGACUUCCCAGAAAUUUGUAAUCAGGAAAAGUGAAGCAGGUUCCAAUAGGUGGGUGAACUUGAAUGCUAUUAAAAGACUCGUACAAGCAGAUGCACUUAAGAUGGAGAUUAUUCCAAAUCCAAAGGAAGUUGAAGGAAUUAAAGUUCUUCAGCUAGAAACAACAGCUGGUGCUGCAAUCAAAUUUUUCGAUAAUACCAUUGGAAUCAACAUUCCCCGAUCUCGAUUCCUUCCAGUGAAAGAAAGUUCAAAUCUGCUCCUUGUUCAGUCUGAUCUUUACACGGAAAAAGAUGGGUAUGUGGUCCGUAAUCCAGCUAGGACAGAUCCAGCAAACCCUUCAAUUGAACUGGCUCCUGAGUUUAAGAAGGUUGGAGAUUUCUUGAAGCGUUUCAAGUCCAUCCCCAGUAUUAUCGAGUCGGAUAGCUUGAAGGUUUCUGGUGACGUGUGGUUUGGAUCUUCAGUUGUUCUCAAGGGUAAAGUGGUCAUUGCAGCAAAGUCCGGAGACAAGUUGGAAAUCCCUGAUAAAGCCGUAAUUCAAAACAAGGAAGUCCAUGGUGCUGGUGAUAUCUAA